AUGAUUCCGCCAAGUGCCAAAAAGAUCGUGCAAGAAUUGAAGGAAAUCGUGUCAAACACGGAAGAGGAAAUUUAUGCAGCGUUGAAAGAGUGCAAUAUGGAUCCGAACGAGGCUGCUCAGAGGUUGUUGAAUCAAGAUCCCUUUCAUGAAGUGAGGCGGAAGAAGGGGAAGAAGAAAGAGGACGGUGGCGAGGUCAGAAUUAGGGGUGGAGCUGGAAGAGGCGGGGGUAGAGGAGGCGGCGGAUCAGAUCGCGGUUCUAACCGCCCAGACUAUGGCGGUGGGCGAGGACGGCCGAUGCCGCAACGAGAAAACGGGAUUCAUCCCAGUUCUAGACCUGGCGGGGCAGGAGCCCCAGGCGGGCCUGGUUACAUUCCCGUGGUUGGGGCCCCGGCUCCAGGGUAUGGUGUAGCUCCUGUUGGUGCACCGGGAGGGUAUUCCGGUUAUCCUCAGCAAAGGGGUCCCGUUCUGGGAGUCGGAGCACCAAGCGGUGGGGCAGCGUACGUGACCGGCGGAGUACCUGGCUCUGCGCCGGGCCAGCCUGUUUCGGCGGCGCUGGGUGCGAAUCAAUCUACAAGCCUACCUGGUCAGCCUGCCCCUGCGGGAGGCUCGCUCUACUCUCGUCCUGGCGGAACCUCGCUGUGGGGCGGCGGCGGAACGACUAUGGCGGAUAUGCUCAAGUCGUCCGCCGCCGCGCAGCAAGCACAGCAAGCUCCGCCGGCCCCGGCACCUGCACCGGCCCCGACCUUGCACGCACCUAUUCCCCAGCCAGCCGCACCCGUCGUUACCGGUCCCCCCGCACCCACGCCGUAUCUCGCGGCAACAAUGGCGUCAGCCGUUACGGCGCCGAGUUUGUACUCGUCUGCAGCAGAUCCAGUACUGCAUCCGCAGAACGCGGCUACCGUUUCGGCUGCCGCGCAGCAGCAGCAGGUGGCUGAGCAGCCGCCGCCGCAGCAGCAGUCCGUUCUUGGAUCGAUUGGCACUCCCGCUGCCGCUGAUGCCGACGUCGUGGCGGUUACUCCCGCGCAGGAACCGGAGGCAGCUGUUGCGGCUCCAGAGGACCGUUCGGGCGUGGCGGCAGCAGCAAGCAAGCUGCAGAGCCUGGGCCUGCAGGACGACAAGCCUGUCAUCAUUCCCGGUCAUCUGCGCGUCCCCGAGGCUGACCAGACGCGCCUCAGCUUCGGCAGCUUCGGAGCUGGGUUUGGCACGUCCUUCGGAACUGGCUUUGGCGCGGACGCGCUGUCCGCUAGCAAGGCUGGUGACGCUGUCGGUUCGUCUAGUCUGCUUUCGCAGCCUGCUGCUGCGCAAGCGACGGAGCAGCAAGAGCCGGAGCAGGAGAAGCAGCAGGAGCAGGAGCAGGAGCAGGAGGAGGAGGAGCACGCGCCGAUCGUGGACGUGGAACCAGUGGAACCUCCCAAGCACGAGGAAGACCUCUCUGUCCCGCAGGCGCAGCAGCAGCAGCAGGAGCAGGCGAAGGACGAGCAGGCGCAGGCGGGUGUAGCGGAGCCGCUCCCGAGCCAGCAGGCAGAGGCGGCGGCGUUUGCUGCGCAGGCUGCGGCUGCAGCCGCGGCGGCGGCUGCGCAGCAGGCGCCAGCAGCUGCUGCCCAGCCGAUGCUACAGGAGGCGCAGGCUCCUGUGGUUGCCGCCCAGCCGCAGCAGCAGCAGCAGCAGGUGGCGCAGCAGGUAGCUUCGCAGCAGCAGCAGCAGCCGCUCGCGGAGCAGACUCAAGCUCAGCAGGCGAUCGCCCCUCAAGCUCCGCUUGUCCAGCCCCAGCAGCAGCAGCAGCCAGCGCAGGCGCAGCAGCAGCCGCAGCAGCAAGCGCAGAGUCAGCUGUCGCAGCAGCAACAGCUGCAGCAGCUGUCGCAGCAGGCGCAGCAGCAGCAGCAGCAGGCGCAGCAGCAGCAGCAGCCGCAGCAGCAGCAGCAACAGCAGCAGCCUUCCGCGUAUCCAUAUGUGCCUGCGCUACAGAACUAUCCCGCGUUUGGGCUGGUCCCGCAGAUGCCCGCAGGGCAAUACCCUGCAUACGACGCGUCAGAGCCACAAGUCGCCGGAGACAUUUCCCGCUUUACGUCCGUGGGACUGCAGCAGUACAGCGAUCCACCUGGCAGCUACUACUCGCCUGCUUUCAGGCCAAGUGGCGACGGCGAGAUGCGUUACUCGCCGUUCGUAACUUCGUCCGGGUCUGCUCUGGGCGCCAAGUACGGGUCCGCAGGCGUCGCUGGUGCAGGACAGGGGCUCCCUUCUCAAGAGACAUCAAGCAGCUUGGGCAUUGUGGGUGCUCCGUCCAUGGGGCAGGCCUCCUCCCACUCUGCUGGGCUCUCCCAGCAACAGGCGCAGCAGCAGCAGCAACCGCAGCAGCAGCAGCAGCAGCAGCAGCAGCAGCAGCCUCAACAGCAGUCGCAGCAGCAGCCGCAGCAGGGGCAGCCUCAGCAAGGGCAGCAGCAGCAACAACAGCAACAGCAGCAGCAGCAGCAGCCUGUUCCUAUGCAUGCGGCUGCAGCUGCUUAUGCGGCACAGCCAGCAGGCAUCCCCAUGGGCGCUCACUACGGAAUCAACUAUGCCGGCUAUGCGCAGUAUGCCGUGCCGCCCAAUUACUACACCAUGCACUCGCCCUACUCACACCCCAGCUAUGCAACCCCCUCCUCCACAUACCCACAAGCGCCUGGCAAUCCUUCCUACCCCACAGCAGCAGGCUCAUCGUACCCGCCCGGCACAGUCGCAGGCGCGAAAUACCCCAUGCCGGCAGGGUAUAAAGCGGCAGGUUCCACUGCGGGGACAGGGCACUUGACUGCGGGUGCAGCAGCGUAUGGAGCGUACCCUGGGGCAGCUGGGGGUUAUGGUGCUGGGCCUGGGAUGUCAGCAGGCGGGACGAGCAGCGGGGGAUAUGAGGACGUUGGGGGCAGUCAGUACAAGGACGCAAGCAGCCUAUACCUGCAAGGCCAGCAGGUGUCAAGAGACAUGGCAGCAGCAGCAGUGGCAGCAGGCAUGCCCACGUCAUCGUAUUAUAACCUUGCACCAGGACAAGCUGGUCAUGCAGGGGGCUACCCAUCCGCCACACACAGCCAUCCCCAGGCACCAGGUGCCCACGCCACACACCCUGCAGCAGCAUACGGAGCAGCAGCUGCCGCCGCUGCGGGAUUAUACCAUGCUUCCCAGUCAGGCCCCGGAGGGCCUUCAGGCCAUGUGCACGGGCACUCCCACCAGCAACUGCUGCAGUCGCAGGGUAUGGGUGGUAGCGCUGGCGGUUCUGGCGGAUCUGCUGGCGGUGGUGCUGGUAGCUACCAGCAGCAGCAGCAGCAGCAGCAGCAAGCGCAGGCGCAACGCUCCCAGCAGAGCUGGAGUGGCACGUACUGA